GCCCCCGGCGGCCACUGGCGGUGCCCGAUGAACCGAGGCGGCGGAGCGCGAUGGGCUCUGCCGGUGAUGCUGGUGUGUGCGCGCUGUGGCGCUGGGCCGAGGGCCCCGAGGAGCAGCGGCUGCUGGAGCUCUUCUCCUACGGGCUGAUGGCGCUGGGCGCCGUCUCCUCCCUGCUGCUCCGCUUCAUCCCCAUGCCCUACGGCCGGUACUCCUCGCGGCGCUUCGGCUGGCUGCUGCCCGCCCGCCCCGCCUGGGUGCUGCAGGAGCUGCCCUCGCUCCUCGUCCCGCUCGGACUCGCCGUCUGCGGCGGGGCGGUCGCGGCCGCCCGGCCCAACCGCGUCCUGCUGGGCUGCUUCCUCCUGCACUACGCGCACAGGGCACUCAUCUUUCCCCUUCUGAUCCGAGAAGGAAAACCAACGCCGUUUUUCACUUUUGUGUUAGCGCUUCUGUUCUGUGCUUUCAACGGGUAUUUGCAGGGCCGAAGCUUAACCACCUAUGCAACUUACCCUGCAGGCUGGCUGGGUGGCUCACGCUUCAUUACAGGUUUUUUAGGAUGGUUGAUUGGCAUGGCCAUCAAUAUUCAUUCUGAUCAUAUUCUCAGAAAUCUGAGAAAACCAGGGGAAACUGGUUACAAGAUACCAAGAGGAGGAAUGUUUGAGUAUGUCAGCGGAGCCAACUUUUUUGGAGAGAUCCUGGAAUGGUUUGGGUUUGCCCUUGCCUGCUGCACCAUUGAAAGCUUUGCAUUUGCCUUGUGCACUCUCUUCAUCCUGAGUUCAAGGGCAAGACAGCACCACAAAUGGUACCUUGAGAAAUUUGAAGACUAUCCAAAGGACAGAAAAAUUGUCAUCCCAUUUUUGUACUGAGCUGUGCUUUUAACACUUUGAGAUGGAUGUCUUUAGUAACAGCCAGCAUUUUACAGAUGCUGGCAGGUUAGCAACACACUCGGAUCAUCACUGUGGCAAAGCCUUUCCAUCAGUGCUGCUAUUACUUACUGCUUUUUCCUCUUAAUGGUAACCCAGAAAUCUGAUGGACAGGGUGAAUAGGAAUAGAGGUGGUUUUCCAGCAGUGAAGUACCUUCAUAAAUACAUUAGGCAAUGAGUCUGAAUUGGCAUCGUGGAAGUUCUGUGCAUGACUUCUGAGGCUUCUUUUUCUGCCUGUGAGGGCUUCUGCCUUUUCCACUCAAUGUAGCCAAGCUGUCCUGAGGAUUGUGCUGUGAGCUCAGCCACCCUCACUGCAGUCUGGAUGGUGUGUUCUGCCUACGUACACAAAUAGGGUUGAUUUUAUUUGUUUUCCUUACCUUACUAAUCCUUUAAAUUCCCCCCACCUGCAUUUCCAGAAGAGCUGGUGAUGUAGACCAAAGAAUUAGAUGAAUACAGUUGCUUUUAGAUGAGAGGCAGUGUUUUUCCUUCUCCUUGCACCCUUACAAAUAUAGGGCACUGCACAGACAAUAUCUAAUAAUAUUUACAUAAAAGUUGUACUGCUAAUAGAUUAAUAUUGUCAUCUACCUCUUAAAAUUGAUAGCUAUCUCAAUAUGCAAUAUGUGUCUUCUCACUUUUAAAUUGGUUUUGGAAGUCUACUUAGGGUACUUAGGCCAAUCUAGCAUUGUUAACAAUUGUGUAAUGUUUUCUAACUUAAUUUAUAAAAAAACCUUGAUAUUUAAAAAAAAAUUUCUUACUAUGCUGUUUUAAAAAAAUCAAGUUUCUUCCUUCUUCUGUUGCUAACAUUCUAGAUUAUUUUAUAUUCUAAAAUUCAGGAGCUCUGUGUCCGUUCUCAUACCCCAACCUUUUACUCACAAAGGACUCCAGAUGGUUUCAAGAACAUGAUGGGAUCCCAAGCAUACAGAUUUUCAAUUUCUGCGUCUUUUGCAUGACUGUAAUAAUAAAGAGUCUUUUUUGUUUGUUUGUUUUUUGGUAAAAACAAACCCAAAACAACUCAAGGGAAAACUAAAAAAAAGAAAAAAAGGCAAUCCAACAAAGCCCCUGAGUGAACAACCAAAUUCUAAUAAUUAAAAAAAAUUUAAAAACAAGCAAAUAAACACUAACUAAAAAAUCUUUCCACAAAACUCUGCUGCUAAUAUAAUUUGAAAAUAAAUGGAAUUUGAAUUUGAAUUGGAA